AUGCGCCAUCAACUUCUGAUCGCAUUUAUUGCGCCUGCAGCAUUGGCGACAGCAUCCGCUCUCAAGUCUCGCGGUGAGUGUCAACAAGGAUACACCCUUUGUUCUCCGGCUGGGGCGACUACUGCCACUACCCCACAAAUCGGCGAUCCAGAUUUCGUGAAUCUAUUCCAAGAUAUCGUUCUCUCCUCUCUACCUGCAAGCAAACGAUCGCUUUCUUCAUCCUCAGAGCAUAUUAUCAAGAAACGCGACUCGGCUUCAUUAUGCUGCGUUUCUUCUUUAACAUGUCUCACCAUGCACUCUUUAAACAUCCCUUUUUGCUACGAUCAAUUCACAACCAAUUAUUAUCUUCCAGAUGACAGUUAUGGAACUGUAGUAGGAGGGUCAUAUAGUUCUUCUUCGGGUGCUACCGCCAAUUUGGAAUCGGGAGAUUAUACAGAUAAAGAUGGAACAACAGGAAAUAUCUACAGUAGCAACAGCGCCGCCAAGCCCAAUACCGCUACCCUCCCUAUGCCAUCCCAAUUCACUGCUAGUGGAGUAGGUAGCGCUAUUCCCGCAUCGGUUUUAGGUGGAGUUACAGUUACUUACACGACGACGCUUCCUGCCAGUACUAUUCCUGCUACUACGAUUCCCGCGACUACUGUUUCGGAAAGCAUUUCUCAGCAGACGAUUUCAGUCUCGACGACAAUUACAACUUCAAUUGGGGGAAAUAAAUUUGUUAGCACGGAAGUUCAAAUAGAGACUACGGAGACCACUAUCUCAGGAACGACGAGAAGUGCUAGUACGCGGGCGGCGAGUACGGUCAGUGAGGUCGUGGCUACGGUUACGACAGUUGUGGCGAGUGCUAGUGCUUCUGCGUUAAGUGCAAGUACGACGGCUAGUGCGACUGGGAAUAGUGGUGUGGGAAGAUCGGGGGUGGGGAUUGGAGUUGCAGGAAUUAUGGGCAUGGUGGGAGCUGUUGCUUUGAUCUUGUGA